AUGAAGGCCAACUCCGAACAGCAUGUGCAAGCUGGUCUAUCCACUUGGCUCGGGACAGAGAACCCCAGGCUGCUUGCUACGAAAAGCGCAGUAACUGAAUCAGAAAGCUCUAUACAACCUGCUACCGGUGCUUCCAUGGCAAACGAUCGGGCACCGCGAGUCUCCGAUCCCACCGAAUCAAGCUCCUCUCCAGAUAACAUGAAAUUCAACCUUGUUUCCCAGAGACCGACAAGGAUUGUGAAGCUGAACGUCAAUGGGCGGCUGCUAAGUUCUCCUCCGCACAGUCCCACGGCCGUCCGUGCUGCAAAUACAGCACCAGGCCGACGGGCCAUGUCGCGUGCAUCGGACUCUAAGCGAGUGGUCAUCAAAUAUUCACUCGCUAAUGAUGGAAGAAUUUCGAAAUUGAUUGAUGGCAUUCUCGCAGGUCGAGAAAGGAAUAAGCCGACGACUUCUUUCCCAAGUUCCGUCUGUUUGAGAUCAUCAGCGCCAACGAUCAAGAAGAGCGGAGCUACAACUCAUCCUUUUUUCAUGAAGAAAUCAACUUUGAAGCCACCAAACGAAGCUUUGAACAAUUUGACGUCCCUCACAGAUACUUCGUUCAACCAUAUCAAUUCCGAGAGUUUGAAAGCAGUCGAGGCGAAGACCACAUCAUUACCAAACAAGGUCUUUCCAUCAGGAUUCAUUCAACGGAGCACGAAAUUUCCGAAUCUCCUUCACGCCCUUUGGCCACCUCAAGACUUUACUCACAUCCGUGACUUACCGUCAUCUCCUCUGACAUGCGACCCUUCGUCAUGUCUUCGGGACGACCACAAGAAGUCCAAAUCACCAAAAAUAUCAGUGAAAGACUUUGAAAAUGUUCUCCUGUCUAGCACCGAGAGGGCUCUAAGAGUCAUUUCCCAUGAAUUGGAGUCUCUGGAUACUAAGAAAUCUCUACGUCUUCCGGAGCGACGUAUUGCUAGUGGAAGGGCCCUGCAAGGCGCCAUCGACCGUCAACUGUCUUGGUCUCUCGCCUCGCAGUCAGAAUACCAGGCUACGGCCAUCCCGACCAUCCGAAAGCUGUACAAGUCACUAUCUUCAUCAACAUCUGCUUUCGAUUGUGGAAAAUAUGAACCUCGCCUCUGGUGUCACAAAUAUGCUCCCGAAAAUGCUGAAGAUGUUCUUCAGCCUGGAAGGGAAGUUCAAAUGCUGCGUGACUGGCUUUUUCAACUUAAAGUCAGUGCUGUCGACGUCGGCAACCCGUCCCGUCAAAGCGCGAAACCCAAACUUAGACGUGAUAAGAGACGAAAAAAGCGUCGCAUUGAGAAUGAGCUCGAUGAUUUCAUCGUUUCAAGUGGAGAAGAAGCCUCCGAAAUGGACCCACUUUCUGGCUCAGAUGAUGAGCUGGCAGGUGCCAUCACAGUUUCGGGCCCUAGAUCUCUCAUACGCUCUGGAGACAUUGCUUUCCAGAAUCAGCAUGGGCAGGAAAAGCCUCGUUUUACAAAUGCGAUCCUUAUUAGUGGCCCCCAAGGUUGCGGCAAAACAGCAUCAGUCUACGCGGCGGCCAAGGAGCUUGACUUUGAGGUUUUUGAGAUCAACUCAGGUUCUCGAAGGAGUGCGAGAGAUAUGCUCGAGAGAGUCGGCGAUAUGACUCAGAACCACCUGGUCCAGCUGUUGAACGAGAAGAAUGACCAUUGCUCCAAUGCGAAAACUCAAGGACAGGUUGAUAACACUAAUCAGAACAAACUCAUGAGCUUCUUCAACAGUCAAUCGUCACACAAGGCGUCCAAAAAACCUGUCAAUCAAUUGUCGAAAGCUUUGCCGCUUGAGACAGCGGCGAAGGCUGGCCGAGAGCAAAAACAGUCAUUGAUCCUGCUUGAGGAAGCCGAUAUUCUUUUCGAGGAAGAUAGGCAAUUUUGGACUGGUGUACUGACCAUCAUCAGUCAGUCCAAGAGGCCUAUUAUCAUCACCUGCACUGACGAAAGCCUCAUUCCGGUGGAUGAGAUCUCGCUUCAUGCCAUCUUGCGAUACCAACGUCCUUCUCUGGAAACCGCGCUGGACUAUCUAUUGCUCGUUGCCGCCAAAGAGGGGCAUGUCUUGCAAAGGGACACCGUCAAUCGGCUUUAUACUGCGAGUGGCAUGGACCUGCGCAGGUCAUUGAUGGACCUGAAUUUCUGGUGUCAGAUGGCCGUUGGUAGUGAGAAAGGCGGCUUGGACUGGAUCCUUCCUGGCUGGCCUCCUGGGGCUCAUGUGGACGAGUUCGGUGAUCGACUACGUGUUCUCAGCUUUGACACGUACAAAUCUCAUAUGGGCUGGUUCAACCGUGACAUGUUCUUGGAAGAUUCCAAGCUCGAAAGAACGACUCAGACUUGGGCGCAUACCAUGCAAUGGUGGGGUCUGAGUGCUCAGGACAUCGAAGAUGCGGCUGGGUUGAGCACAAUGGAGUCAACGCUUCCCAACGACUAUAGCUCAAUGACGAGGUUUGAUCAGCUUGAAAUGUUGAGACGCGAGGCAGACUACCUGGAUAUGAGGAGUGCUCUCGAUAUUCUGUGCGACGGGUCCUCGCUUGAACUGCGCGAGGACAAACUCGACACAUCAGCUCCCCCUAUUAGUGAGAAUCAUCGCCUGAACUACAUCGAAGCGCAUCCUCUUUUGCAGGCCGAUCUACUACCGAGUUAUUCGUCACUUAAUUCGUCAAUAACGACGACUUUUGGAUCCAUGAUCUCGCUCCACUUCCGUCCACCGGUCGAAGACCUCGAGAUUGCCAGCGCCAACACGAUUUUCAAGAGUUGGGCAAAAUCGGCUGAACGACUCCAUACCAACGUGUCGAGUCCUCGAAUCCUGCGCAAGACCUUUGAGCCCAUCAUGCGAGCUAGUCCAUCUACGGUCUCGCUUUCUCCUCGAAUGGCGCCCUCGUUCGAGAAUGGCCUAGCACCCAUCACCGAGGAUAUUGCGCCGUAUGUCCGGGCAAUCAUGUCCUACGACGGCCGCUUGCAGGAGUAUAGAGACAGUCUGUACUCAGUACUGGUGCAAGAUAAGGUGGUACACUCCGAAAAACGCAAAAGAACCACUCGCGCGAGCCGAGCGGCUUUGGAAGGAGGAAACAAGGCUUCUACUCGCAAAGAACGCUGGUUUUCUAACGAUACAAACUACCUUGCGAUUCAGAGGACUGGAUGUCCUGAAUGGCAACAAAUAUUGUUUGACAUGGGUUAUUUUCAUGUACAGCCCGUCACGGAGUUGACGGAGUCUUGUAGCGAGCCCCUUUCCAGCGAAGAGAUAUAA